AUGACCCUGUGGAACGGGGAGCUCCCCUUCUAUCCCCGGCCACGGCAAGCAGCCGGGUUCAGUGGCCCGCUGCUCGUGGUCAUCCUGGUGUUCCUGGUUUUGGCCGCCAGCUUCCUGAUCAUCUCGCCUGGGAUCCGUGGCCGUUCGCGCUGGUUCUGGCUGGUCAGAGUUCUUCUCAGUCUGUUUAUAGGCGCCGAAAUUGUCGCCGUGCACUUCAGCGCAGAUUGGUUCGUGGGGAGGGUCGACACCAACACGUCGUACAAGGCCUUCAGUUCGGCGCGUGUCAGUGUCCGUGUGGGUCUUCACGUGGGCCUGGAGGGCAUUAAUAUCACACUCACAGGGACCCCAAUGCAGCAGCUGAACGAGACCAUCGAUUACAACGAGCAGUUCCGCUGGCGUCUGGGCGAGAACUACGCGGAGGAGUACUCUGAGGCGCUGGAGAAGGGGCUGCCCGACCCGGUACUCUACUUGGCGGAGAAGUUCACUCCGAGCAGCCCGUGCGGACUCUACCGUCAGUAUCGCCUGGCGGGACACUACGCCUCGGCCACGCUGUGGGUGGCCUUCUGCUUCUGGCUCCUCGCCAACGCGCUGCUCUCCAUGCCGGUCCCGCUCUACGGAGGUCUGGCGCUGCUGACCACUGGCGCCUUCGAGCUCUUCUCGGUCUUCACGUUCGCCUCCAUCUCCGCCGUGCGUUUAUGCCCGCUCCGCCUUGGCUCCGCGGCGCUCACCCCGCACUAUGGCGCCGCCUUCUGGGUCACCCUGGCCACCGGCAUCCUGUGUCUUCUCCUCGGAGGGGCUGUGGUCAGUCUCCACUACACCCGGCCUAGAGCUCUUCAGACCUUCCUGGACCUAAGCGGCAAGGACCAUGAAGGCCAGGCGAGAGGAGACUCUCUCAUCCUCAACAACCCUCUGCACAAGCAGUCUGAGGACCCAGAUUUAAGCAUGACCACCCACCUAUGA